AUACCUCGAGCCAAGAUAGGGCUCCCUCUCCUUCGCGUCAAGAACAUACCUGCCAUCAGACAGCCGGAAGACAAUAAAGCAUCUGGUGACGGCGCAAAAGAAUCCAACGCGUCCUCGACCAAUGCGCCGCUUGCACCUCCACCCGUUCCGAAUAAGGCCUCUAACGGAGACAACGACUAUUUCAACGGAGCUCACAGCGCCGCCCACCUAACCAAGGAACCCAAUCCUUUCGAAAGUGCCUUUGGAGGUACCACUGAGACACCUGGCAAGCCUCAACUUCCUGGAGUCAACAGUUUGACAUCGCCUGCUCCUCUUCUUCCCGGCACCACCCCAGCUUGGCCUGGCUCUCUUCGCUCAGGACCUCUUAGCCCUGCAAUGCUGACCGGCCCCGCGGGGUCGUCCAACGACUACUUCAGCAACGACCAUCACUUUGGCGGCAGCUUCCCUACCCCUAACGAGUCAUCUCUCAGGACUGGUCUGACUCCUGGCGGUGGCGGGUCUAUGUUCCCUCAACCUAGUCCCAACUCGCAAGCCAUUUUCAACGCUAUCCAGAGUGGAGGCGCCACUCCUGGUACCCUGGAUUUCCACCGAACUGCUAUGCACGCACGCGCUUCGCAGACAAACGUCAACGGAAACUUUGCCAUGCCUCAGCCGCCUACUUCCGCCGCUGCCGAUCCCAACAUCCAGCCCAACCUCGACAGCAAGGGCUUCGGACAACAGCAGCAGAACGACACCUUUGAGCAACACGAUGCUAACGACGCAGCCAAUGGUCUUUUCAUGCUUGCUCAGGCUAGGGGUAACAACCGCAACCAGCCUCAGCAAUACCCACCACCCCAAUCACAGCCUCAGAUGAACUACAUGGGCAAUCCUCCACACCUUCCUGGUGGACUGGGCCAGCAAGGGCAUGACGGCUCCAACAACAUGUCAGCUCGCGCCAAUAAGAACUCUAUUGUCAGUAACCUUUCAGGGUCAACACAAAAUGAGCACGGCAACUUCUCCGAUAGCGACGGCGAAGAUGUCAAGCCCUCCCGAGGCAAGGGAAAGAAGAACAACAAUAUCAAGAACUCGAACAAUGGCAGACGCAAGGCUGAGGACCAACCAAAGGGUUCCAACAAGCGCCAAAAGACCAGCAUGCCAUCUAUGGAUGAGGAUGAUUCGGACAAUGACGACAUGGAUAUGGAGAGAGGACCUGACAAUAAGAAGAUGACUGACGAAGAGAAGCGCAAGAACUUCCUCGAGAGGAACAGAAUCGCCGCCCUCAAGUGUCGUCAGCGCAAGAAGCAAUGGCUGGCUAACCUCCAGCAAAAGGUCGAGAUUUUCUCAACCGAAAACGAUGCGCUGGCCGCUACUGUCACUCAGCUGCGUGAAGAGAUUGUAGGGCUCAAAACUCUGCUCCUCGCCCAUAAGGAUUGUCCUGUCUCGCAAGCACAGGGUAUCAGUGGCAUGGCUAUGCAGAACAUUGCCGGCGAGCCUCAUCAGUUCUCCAACCCCUAUGGCAUGCAAAUGUCUCAGCAUAUGCAGCAGGGAGUGCCAUCGCAGGCCAACAUGCAGAGACGAUAG